CAGAGGCUCGAGGAUUCGACGAAGAAUUGAAGAAGGGGAGAGAGCGCGGUAGGGCUUGGAGGAGCAGCAGCAGCGACGAAGGCUGAAGAAGAGAGAAGGGAGGAGGUGGGGAAGGGGCAGAGAUCGAAUUGAGGUUGGCUACGGAAAGGGGAUCGACGAUGGCGGGAGCAGUGCGGUGCCAGGCCCGAGGGGCAGGAUUGAUGCGCGGGUUGGCACGGAUCGCGUCGUCGUCGUUGCCGAUUGCAGCUCCGACCGCGGUGAUCGGUGGCAGGAUUUUGCAGCGAUCUGAUUUCGUGACGGAUUCAGGGUUCAUUGCGACGCGGCAACAAUGUCGCGAGAUGUCGACGCACGUUUCGUGGGAUUACCGAGGGCAGAGGCAGAUGGUGCCUCUGGGUGGAAGGGUGCCCUCGAUGGCCGUCGACGCUUUUGUUGCCCCGAAUGUGGUUCUAGCAGGUUCCGUUGAGGUGCAGGACAAGGCGUGCGUGUUUUACGGCAGCGUUUUGAGAGGUGAUUUGAACAAAAUUGUUGUUGGAUUUUGCUCCAAUAUUGGAGAUAAGUGCGUUCUGCACGCCGCGGCUUCUUCACCUACUGGAUUGUCCGCUGAGACCCAGAUUGGCAAGUAUGUGACCAUCGGGAAUUUUAGCACUCUCAGAUCCUGUACCAUAGAAGAUGAGGUGGUGAUCGGGCAACGCUGUGUGAUCAUGGAGGGCUCCCUUGUCGAGACGCACGCCAUCCUGGAAGCUGGUUCUGUCGUCCCGCCUGGUCGUCGAAUUCCCUCGGGGGAAGUUUGGGCAGGCAAUCCAGCACGAUUCGUCCGAGAAGUUUCUUAUGACGAAAUUGCAGCGAUUCCCAGACUUGCUGAGGGCAUUAGGGAAAUUGCGGAGAGUCACAUGGGGGAAUUUUUGCCCUUCAGUACGGCUUACUUGGAAGUCGAAAAGUUGAAAAAGACCUCUGCUCUGGCCGCUUGAGAACUCGCCAGUAUAGUAGCCCUCUCCGACCAUCUUUGUAUUUUGGAGAAGCGCACUGCGUGGAAAGGACAAUCAUCGCAAUGCAGCUGUGCACAUAUGUACACAUGGUCGUGAUCAGAUGAUAAACUCAGUUGGUUCCUCUCUUUUCUCGGUUAUGCAGCUCAUGAGUACCAGCUUAAAGAGAAUUUAUGUGGAAUGAAGGGCGAAGUUGUGAUAGCGCAACUUCUCUUGGCUUCCUUGAAACUCAUCGAUCCAUUAUGGUAAAAUCGAGGCGUAUCGGACUGGGCGCGGGAAUGCAUGUGUUGAGGUCAGGACUUCGGGCAAGUCACAAUAUUUUGGAUGGAUAGGUGAAAAACUCUUCUUUUUAAAUAGGUCAAUGUGGAUAUUGAUGAAUAAAGCACAGUGGAAAACAAAUCACGCCAAAAUAAAGGGUUCGAAGUUCUGUUGAGCCCUA